UUUUUUUUUUUUUUUGUUAAAAACCCCCCACCCCAGCCUUUUUGUUGCUAUUGUUUUGUUUUGGCUAAACCGAUCGAUCGAUUUAUCGGUGCGAGGAGACGAUGGAUCGGUUUGUCGUGCUGCGUUGAGAGCGAGUCCAAAGUGUCGUUUACUCAUUUUACACAAUCAACGACGGAUCAACUGUAUAGGAGUGCGUUUGAUUGCAACCGAUCGCGCAUAGUGGCGAAAAAUCGGCACCCACCGCUCCGAAAUGACGAAAUAUCCUUCGAUGGGGAAGAGCAGCAGUAGUAUAAGCGAGGUGGUUUAUCACAGCUUCCGAAGGAUUUGAUACGGACAUUACCCGUUGCUAGAAAAGAAAUAAUAGUCAGCGAGGAGGGUAUAACAAAGGGGAACAUGCUGACGGAGUCGGAGAAUGGGAUCGGCGGAGUCGGCGGUGGGUCGAGUAUGCUUGUGGGCCACUCGCAUGCGCCCCAGGACUUUACGGUCUCCAGGCUGCUGUCCAACCCGAGUCAAAUUUCCGACUGCAACGAGGGCACGUCGUCGUCGAGCGCAGGCAGCAGAAGGCCAAGGCGCAGCCGUACGACUUUUUCGGCCCAACAAUUGGCCGCUUUGGAGCGGGUCUUUGAGCGCACGCACUACCCGGACGCCUUCGUCAGGGAGGAACUGGCCACGCGUGUCUCGUUAUCCGAAGCUCGAGUACAGGUGUGGUUCCAAAACCGUCGAGCCAAGUUCCGGCGCAACGAGCGCAGUUCGGCGAUAAGCCGUGGCUCCUCGGCCACCCGCGAGAUGGAGGCGACCCUGCCGCUCCGGCCGAUCCGGCUGAGCCACUCGGUGCACCACGACACCACCACCACCGGCCCGUCGGUCUGUCCGGGCGUCACUAACCACAGCAGCAGCAGCAACAGUCCCGAGUCGAUGCAGCCCCCGAGCGGUAACCAGCAGCAGAUCGGUAAUCAGUAUAACCCGUACAACGAGUACUGGCGGACCACGGCGGCCCCCCAGCACUACGGCUUCGUCAAUAACCCCGUCGGCAUCGGCGCCUCGGCUUACCACCACCACCAGGCCGACGUAAUGCAGGUCCAUCACCACCACGACGGCACGAGCACGUCCAUCAACGGGCUUGGCGCCCUCAGGCUCAGAUCGCAUCCCUACGGGUCUGCGUACUCGGCCAUGCACGCUAGCAUGUAACAAAAGCUUAAAGUAUUAAGUAUGGCGCGUUUGUUGCUUCUCUCUUUUUUUUGUUUUCCAUUUUUGGAAUGAAAAAAAAAACGAUGAAGGGUACGAUCAAACCAAAGGUGGUUCUUCCAACUGCAGUACAAUGUUCAAUGUGGUAUAUACGGGAUGAACCCUAUACAGUAAAACAAAAUAUGUAUCCAAAGAGUCGAACGAUUACAGGGUAAUUUACGUUUUGUAGUUUUUCUUUCUUUUCUCUCUUAAUGACGAGAAUCAAACAUGUUCGGUGCCUCGAAGUGAGAAAAUUUUUAUUAACAAAAUUUUAUACACGCAACGUUCUCGCAGCGAGAUUGCAAUAUUUUUGAUACAAACAUGCGUGAGGUACGUGUGUGUUUGCGACGAUCAAUUGUACACGAGGUAUAUAAGAUAUAUUAAAUAUGUAUACGAUAAGUUAUAUAUUAUUUGUAUAGAUCGUAACACGUACGACGUAACAACAGCAAUAACAACAACAACCUGAACAUACGGGCUUUUUCCCCCCAAAUGUAUGUUUAUGUAUAUCAUCACAUUUAACACUGAAUAAAAAGGUUAAUGCAGUCGUAACAAUUACACGGGUAGAGCGAAGCUUGGCACGUGAUUUAAUUAUCUUUAAAAAACUCGACGUUGCGAUUUAAAAAAUUUGUAGCGUUUCUUUAGCGCACCCUCGUUAAAUAAAUUAUUUACGAAACA